AUUUUGGCUAUCUACUGGAAAUCCCUCAGCAUGGGUUCGAGGAGGCGAGCAUCUUACAGUGUAAUCUCCUCAUCGCCGGGAGUAAGUGAGGCACCAGUAGAGGCUGUUGGCACGCAAAAAUUCGGUUGAAAUGUCCGACUUCCACAACCGGAGCCAAACCAGCGCACGUCGCAGUGACUAUGUGUGGCAGUAUGAAUAUUACGACGACGAAGAGCCCGUGUCGUUUGAGGGACUCAAAGCGCACAGAUACUCCAUCGUCAUCGGCUUUUGGGUUGGACUCGCUGUGUUCGUGAUUUUCAUGUUCUUUGUUCUCACUCUGCUCACAAAGACAGGAGCGCCACAUCAAGAAAACCCAGACUCGGUUGAAAAGCGUCAUCGACCGGGGAGCUGUCUGGUAGACAUUGAUGGUCACCAAGAUGAAAACGACAAAGCCUUCUCACGCCCAUUGCUGGCGGGGUCCCGUUCAUAUUUUAACUUCUACAUCAAUGAGGAGGAUAAGGGUCAGGGGAAGCAAAAAGCAGAAGAAAAGAGAGCUGGAAAGCACACUGGGGCCCGAGCCCAGCAGGGAACCUUCAGCCGGAACAGAGGUAUCAGCUCCUCUGGGAUGGACGAGAUGGAAGAAGACACUGAGGAAGCUGGAGUACACCAACAGCUUACUGGACUAAUAGAACAGAGUAAGUCAGACAGAGAGUGCACCUUCCUUUCUCAUUUCAACAUCCCUAACUUUGUCAACUUGGAUCACAGUUCCACACUCGGAGAGGAUGAUCUGCUAUAUGAGCCAUCAGCCAUAUUAGAGCGCCAGUCUAAAUCUCACGAUGCUCACUUUGACAUCCACUAAGGCUCCUUCUGCAGAUAAGCAUGGGUAUAGUGGUACCGUAAUAUCAUUUGCUUUUUCAGAGAGUCAUUUAUGACCUGACAGUGGGAAAUAUAUUCAUCCCUAAGCUUCUGUGCUUGAAGUUUUUUGUUUUUGUUUUGUUUUGUUUUGUUCAGCAUUUCAGCUAUCAUAAAUUCAAGUCAUCAACCUAGAGGGCACAAAAUAUAGCUGACAGAUCAAUAUUCAGUGCAACUCAACGUUAUAAGAUUAUAACUCUUCCUGUGGAUGAAAUUGCUUCAGAAGAGAUACCUCUUACUUUGAGUACUGGGCUCCAGAAAUGGAUGCAGCUGUGCUGUACCUGGAUGAGAUGACAUUUCCACAGAGGAACAGAAAAAACUGAAAGAGCACCAGGGUCACAAAGGAGAUAUUUUUUUGUAGCUCUGUAGAAUUCGUUCUGCUGUUAUUACUGUCUUGUUUACUUGUAGAAUUCUGAACCCUGGGCAUUAUCUCUCAAAAAAAGAAAGAAAUGCCAGUUUGUCUGCCAACAAGAAUAAUAGCGGUGAAAUAAACAAUUUUUGUUCUGAGAUUAAAUGUUUGGAAAAGGUGAAGUGUAAUUGUGUAAUACUGUGUAAUUAGUAGUACAAAAUCAAAUAUAUCAGAAUAGGGGAACCUGAGACAUG